AUGACAUCUGCAGUGUCACCAGCAGAUCUGAAAUCGCUGCCAAACCUUCCGGGCUAUACCUUUCCAGAGUACAAGGACAAUUAUGCCAGGCCGAACACUUGGAAUGUGGUGAACGGCGUGCGCAUCGAACAGAAGGAAGGUCUCUCCUUCGACAAGCCAAAGUUCGUCAAGGUGAGCAAGGCUCCGGACGUUUGGCGGUCCGGCUCUCUGCCCGAUAGUCAGACCCGCGCCGUCUUCAAGAAUGCGGGCGCCGACAUCCAGUUCCAGGAUUUGCCGGCCUGGGACGCCUUCGACCGCCACGUCUUGCGCUUUAGCGGCUACUUCAAGGAGUCGGUAGUGGAGACGAACCUGGAGAACUUCCGUGUUCGGAAAGUAACCAUCUACUACUACCUGGAGGAUGAUACUUGCCAGAUCAUCGAGCCGAAGCAGGACAACAGCGGCAUCCCGCAAGGACAGCUCAUUCGGCGACAUCGCUUUCCGUCCGCCGACGGAGGCUACCUCAAAACGGAGGAUAUCCGAGUGGGCUCUACCCUUCAGAUCUACGGCCGUAGCAUCUUCGUCACGGACUGCGACCCCUUUACCAGGGAGUUUUACGAGAGCGCCGGCGACCCCCAGGGCGCACCGGAGCCGGAGGAGAUGGACCCCUUCCAGGAGACGCGCCAGGCUAUGAAAAACCAUGCGCCGGUCCAGCCAAGGACCUAUGAAAAGGUUUACAGAGAGGUGAUGCUCGGCGGUGGCCACAUCAACGCUGACAUGCAGCAGUUCUUGGAGAACGACAAGAGGGUGCUGAGAUUCUUCGCCGUGCUAGAUGAUGUCUUCACGCCUCAGUUUGAGCGACGGCCGUUCACUAUUAUGUUCUUCCUUGCGGACGACAUGAUCGAAAUCCGGGAGCAGUACCCGCUGAACUGUGGCAGGGACAACUUCCCGAUCUUCUUCCGCAAGGGGAAGAUGCCAAUGGGCGCGUACAAGGUCGAGGGACCUCAAGCGCAAGCCCGCAAGAAGAACGAGUAUGUUCAUGGCCACGACUUCCGAGUGGGCAUGACUGUUCAGUUGUUGGGCACCUACUCGUUCUUCAUCUACGAUGCAGACGAGUUCACACGGCGCCACUUCGUGAAC